GGUCGAUCGGCCAUGCUUGUGAGAUCACCGGCACAAAACACUUAUAAAGCCGCAUUCCGAACAGCAAUGGCUGCUACACUAAGCUUCACCCCCCAUGAACCCCCCUUCGUAUCUCGACGCUGUUCCCACAGAGGCCCUCUAUGAGGCCCUCCGACCUGUCACCAUACCCCCAUCUUCCAAGUACGCCCGCUUCACUAACUGGAGCGGAACAUUUUCGUGUUCCCCCCUUGCUGUCUUUGAACCGGAGUCAGAGCAUCAGUGCAAGCUUAUACUAGAGCUAGCUCGUAGAGAGGGCAAGGUCGUACGUGCCGUCGGCGUCGGUCAUAGUCCGAGCGACCUAGCUUGCACAACCGGGUUCAUGCUGCGUACCACAAAGCUCGAUCGUGUUCUUGAAAUAAAUGUAGAUAAACAAUAUGUUAUCGCUGAAGCAGGCAUCACCCUCGAGGCACUGCACGACCAUCUUGCCCAACAUGGCUUGGCCAUGAUAAACGUAGGUUCUAUCUCGGACCAAACACUCGGCGGAAUCGUCACAACCGCCACUCAUGGGACUGGCAUCAAUUAUGGCGUUAUCUCCACUAACGUCAUGGCCCUCACCUUGCUGUUAGCCGACGGAUCUCACAUAUUCUGUUCUCGGACUGAGAGAUCGGAUCUCUUCGUUGCGUCUAUCUGCGGGCUCGGAAGUACCGGCCUCAUCUUGAAUGUUACCCUUCAGGUCGAACCAGCUUUCCGACUUAGGGAAGUUCGAGAGAUGCAUAGCUUUCAUGACGCUAUUCGUCAACUGCAUUCGUUCAUUCAUGCGUCUCAACAUGUGCGUCUAUGGUGGUAUCCAACCGCCGACCGAGUCCGUGUCAGUUCGGCAGAUCGUACCGUAGAGCCCUGCAAGUCUGUAGGGAACUGGUUCUGGGAUAGCUUUCUGGCGUAUCAUGUCACCCUGUUUCUCCUGUUCGUUUCCAGAUAUGUCCCUUUGCUCGUUAUUUUUGUCGGCCGAUUUGCCGCUUGGCUCACCUCGGGGUAUGUCGUUGCCAUCGACACGAGCCAUCGAAUAUUCAACCUGGAAUGUGGCUUCCCACAACGUACGACGGAAUGGGCAAUCCCGUACGAGAACACACAGGCAUGUCUUGAAGAUCUGCACACCUGGUUGAAGCAAGAAGUGGAUGACCCUCGUGGGCUCCGACCCCAUUUUCCUAUCGAGAUCCGGUUCUCAGAUAGCGACGACAUAUGGCUCAGUCCGAGUAGUGGGAGGAAAACGUGCUGGAUCGGGAUCGUUCAAUACAAGCCCUACGGUUUCAAUGUACCCUAUAGAAAACUCUUCGCACAUUUUGAGGCUAUCCUGGGACAGCAUGGUGGUCGACCACAUUGGGCGAAAGCCCACGGACUUCGGCCAGAUGCAUUGCGGCGACUUUAUCCCCACUUCGACGAUUUCGUGCGAGUGCUGCAGGAGGUAGAUCCGAAAGGCAUGUUCAGGAACGAAUAUGUGCAGCGGCACAUCUUCGGAAGGGAAGAGAAGGAAUUCGAUGGAAGGGUCUUUAAACGUUAUAAGCCAUCUCAGAGGAUGUGAGAGGUGCUUGUAUGAGGUGGUUUGGGUUAGGACGAUGCGUGCAUGUGGACUGGCUAUGAUGCGUUUGUGCGCCGAGCCAUAUACGGCACAUAUUCACAGGGCUAAGUGGAGAGGGCAAGGCGUGCGUACGGAGAUGCCCGCGGCGGCCAAUGGGUUUGGUUUACCGCUGUUG